GGGCUCGGGCCCCGCACACCGGUCCCGCUGCCCUGCACCGGGACCGCCUUGUCCGGGCUCCGCCGCAGCCUGCUCCUGGGGCGCUCAGCCACUCCCCUUUACCCCACCCUCAAGGCACCGGAGACCUUCCACCCCCUUGGCCCCGGGCCGGGCUGAGCUGCCGGACCCGCCCCCUCGCCGGGCCCCUCCCUCAGGACCCCGGGAUGGGCGGCCCCCUCCCCCACCGCAGCCCGGACACACCCAGAUACACACACCCACCUCUGGGCUGCUCCCCGCCCGCCUACGCUCACCGCCUGGACGGGGUCCCGGGGCGCCGCCCCCUUCCCGGUGCUCUGCCCUCACCUGAUUGCUCGCUCCCCGGCCCCAAGCCUUGCUCCCCUCUCCUCCCCCGCUCCUCGGUGACAUUUCGCCCUUCUGUCAGUUUCCCACUACCCACGCUUCCUAUCGCAGACUAAAGCCACUCAAAUACCGGAGUGGCCAACCCCAUGGCGUUCCCGAUUCUCCCUCUUACAGCUCUCACCCUUCCAGUGCCGACGGUAGAGAGAGACCUUACUCCAGGGGCUUCCUCCUCACUGGGGAAUUGCCGGAAAGAGCAAACAAAAAAGGCGCUGGUGUAGGCUCCAAAAUAAACACAUCUGAAUUCAUGAUGGCAUCGACAGAGGCUCUUAUUGGAUUAAAAGUUUCAAAACAAACAAAAACGCUUUGGAAAAAGGGUUGAAUGCCUGCCUACACCCUCAGGCACGACCAUGGAGAAAGGUGGGAACAUACAACUGGAGAUCCCUGACUUCAGCAACUCUGUCCUGAGCCAUCUAAACCAGCUGCGCAUGCAGGGCCGUCUCUGUGAUAUUGUGGUCAACGUGCAGGGACAGGCUUUUCGGGCUCACAAAGUGGUCCUGGCUGCCAGUUCACCCUAUUUCCGGGAUCACAUGUCCUUGAAUGAGAUGAGUACUGUCUCCAUUUCAGUCAUCAAGAACCCUACUGUUUUUGAGCAGCUCCUUUCUUUCUGUUAUACGGGGCGGAUAUGCCUGCAACUGGCAGAUAUCAUCAGCUACCUGACAGCUGCCAGUUUUCUGCAGAUGCAGCAUAUUAUAGACAAAUGUACACAGAUCCUGGAGGGGAUUCACUUCAAAAUUAAUGUGGCAGAGGUUGAAGCAGAAUUAAGUCAAACGAGGACAAAGCAUCCAGAAAGGCCUCCGGAGUCUCACAGGGUGACACCGAAUCUAAACCGUUCCCUUAGCCCACGACAUAAUACUGCAAAGGGAAACCGGCGAGGUCAGGUUAGUGCUGUGUUGGAUAUCAGGGAGCUCAGUCCUCCUGAGGAGUCCACCAGCCCUCAGAUAAUUGAACAGAGUUCUGAUGUAGAGAGCCGGGAGCCCAUUCUUCGAAUCAACCGAGCAGGACAGUGGUACGUGGAGACGGGAGUAGCAGACCGGGGGGCCCGGAGUGAUGAUGAAGUUAGAGUUCUUGGGGCAGUCCACAUCAAAACGGAAAACCUGGAGGAGUGGCUUGGGACUGAGAAUCAGCCUUCCGGAGAAGACGGGAGUAGCGCCGAGGAAGUCACAGCCAUGGUGAUUGACACCACCGGCCAUGGUUCUGUGGGGCAGGAAAAUUACACUCUGGGAUCUUCAGGAGCCAAGGUAGCUCGGCCAACAAGCAGUGAAAUUGACAGAUUUAGCCCCUCCGGCAGUGUUGUUCCCUUGACGGAGAGACACAGAGCCAGAAGUGAGUCUCCUGGGAGAAUGGAUGAGCCUAAGCAGCCCAGCUCCCAGGUAGAAGAGUCCGCAAUGAUGGGAGUGAGUGGCUAUGUGGAGUAUCUCCGAGAGCAAGAAGUAUCUGAGCGGUGGUUCCGGUACAACCCCCGUCUCACCUGCAUCUACUGCGCCAAAUCUUUCAAUCAGAAGGGGAGCCUGGACCGCCACAUGCGCCUGCACAUGGGAAUCACGCCAUUCGUCUGCCGCAUGUGUGGCAAGAAGUACACCCGGAAGGAUCAGCUGGAGUAUCAUAUCCGCAAGCACACAGGCAACAAGCCCUUCCACUGUCACGUAUGUGGCAAAAGCUUCCCCUUCCAGGCCAUCUUGAAUCAGCACUUUCGCAAAAACCACCCUGGCUGUAUUCCCCUGGAGGGGCCUCACAGCAUCUCCCCUGAAACAACUGUCACAUCUCGAGGACAAGCUGAGGAAGAGUCACCUUCACAAGAGGAGACGGUUGCUCCUGGGGAAACUGCCCAGGGCUCUGUGUCCACCACUGGGCCAGAUUGAAACAUGGAGGGGGAGGGGGCAGUCCCUCUUCCCCUUUGGGCCGUAAGCAGCCAGCAUGAGGGCCACGGGCUGGUACUUAGAUUCACAAAAUGCCACAUCACUAGAUCGGAAGAUACUCCCAAGAUGUUGCCAAACUAGAGGAUCAGCAACAUAUGCAGAAGCACGAGAGGCUCUUCCCCUCCUCCUUCCCACCUCAUACUUUGGGAAAUAAUCAAGUAAAUCAACUUUCUAAUUCAGGGAUCAACAGCCUUGGUUUGUUAACUUUAUAAGAAAAAAAAAUUUUUUUAAAAAACGGUGAUAAAUGGUCAUUUAUCUACCAGUCAUGUUUGAACACUGUACUUUGGUCCAUAUCAUCCUGGUGGCUGUAAUUGCCCACAUCUAAAACACAGCAGGAGCCUUGGUCAUCUGAACCAGCCAGCCACAAGAGAGAAGGAAGUAAUUGCGACGGUGACAAGAAGGAGGAAUUUCUCCUCUUCCUUCCCUGCCAGAACAUGCAGUUUCACAUUUCAAGGAAAAAAAAAAAAAAAGAAGAAGCAUCCUGGUGGUUGUUACUGAUUUGAAAAGUUAGACCUUCUCUUUGCCCUGAUUAGGCAUCUGACACUUUGCCUGAUUGUUUCAUGUAAGCAGCCAUCUUGGAGCGGUGUUCUCUUGGGCAGCGUCACCUGAAGUUCUCUAGGCAACUGGAAGGGAAAUGAGCAACAAAGUGUUUGCAGUAGGUUCUGCUACAUUUGGGGGCUUGAGUUUCAUGUUGGGGAAGAGGGGAGUGGGGAAAGAAGUGAGGUUUUGUGCAAAUGUCCAAUGGCGCAGAGUACUGCAACUUCCUGAUUGGUGUUUAUAAACCAUAGUGCUUAAAUAUCUUUGGGUGUUAGGAAAUGGCUCUAGUCCAGAUGAAUUAAUGUGUUAGGCUGACUACCAAAGUUUCAUCCAGUCUCUCUGGCUCCUACCUUCACAGAACAGCAAUAUUCUACAUCAGAAAUGUCACUUUCUAGUGAAAUGAGCCUGGACUGUAUUUUUAAAUCUACAGGUCUCCAUAUUUGAUAACUUUUAUAUGAAGUUUUAAACACAUUUUUUCUGCAAUACUGUGGUUGAAGAAACCCAGCACUAUGGUUCUUAUUGCAACCACAAUUCCAUUUCCUUCUACGUAUGUAAUAGUUUAUAUUUUCAGGCCAAUAGAAGAACCUCACUAAAUCCAUGUCUCGCGUCUGCAAACCUAGUAAUUCAUAAACCAACCAUCAGCAAAUUUGCUGGUGACUCCAAGAGCUUUGCUUUUUAAUAAUACACUACAGGGCAUUUACCAGAAAACAUCAGGCACAAUCAUGUUGCAAUAAAUUGAUCAAGGGAUCAAUUUGAUCAGGUUUGGUUACUUAAUCAUUCCUAAGAUUUUUAAAACUUCAAGGGACCUUUUUGGUAAUUCUGGGGAUUUCUGAGAUUCUUCAUCCAGCACUGAGAGUCAGAAAAACUUUAGCAAACAUGUAGAGUUUUAGAUGCCCUGUCUUGCAUUCAGAAAAUGAAGGAGGAUUAUUAAGGGAUGCAGGCAAGUAGAUGCAAAUAGGAAAGAGAAAAAUAUAUAGCUUCUCUUAAUCAUUAAAUUUUUAAGAGUAUUGAAAUAUGCAGUGGUUGAAGAAAUUGUCUUGGUGCAGAGGCACAGAAUGAUUGUAAAAGAGAUUCGGGGAGGGGCUGGUCAUGCCUGCACUGGUGAGCCAUCUGUGAGAAUGGUAGUGUGUGCUCCCUUUCUGAGAAUGCUUUGUGGUAUGUGGAAAGGUGGGUGGAACGGAAUGGCGUUUCUCUGAUGAUAGGAAGUUAGAAUGCAAAGAGUAACUCACAAACAAUCUGAGAAUUGUAUAUACACAUAAAGCUGCACCAUAUUGCUAGAGAGCGGUUAUUUUCUCUUCUGGAAAAACGUAGCAAUGUGUCUUUUAAUAGGAAUGCCAUGAUGCUACCAUUUGAUGAGAGCCUUCCCUUAAAUGAUACGUUGAAGCUUUGUCCUUAGGAGAUGUAGACUAGAGCAUUCUCCUCUUUCGUUGGGCAACAGAACGAUAGGGCCACCUUAGGGACCAGCUAUGCCCUGUGGGCAUAAAAGUGGAUUUGAAAUUAGACUAAAAUCUCUAGUGAAACAUUUUAGCUGGUAAUCACGUCUGUCCGUGAACAGUUUGCCAUUACUAAAUAGGCAGGAAGGUGAGAAGUACAGAAUAUGCUGCUGUAGAUGGAGCUUUUAAGCCUACCAAAAAAAUGUUAAGUCCAUCCUACUUUUGAGAAGUAGUAUGUUGGAAAGUUCUUUGUGCUUUGUUAGUUUCUUAGGUUUUCUGUGAGAAAAUGGAGCUUUUUAAACUAUGACCAAAUUGUAAAGGUGAACUGCAGUAAUGUUUGUAAAGAGAAGGUUGGCAGCGUUUGUCAGUACUCCAUCCAGGAUUAGCAACAAGCAUUUUAAACGAAGUAGAGACUAUCUAGUAGAUGUGGAAAUGCUGGGAGUGUUUGUUGGGUUCCCUUCCGUUCUCAUCCACUUGUAAUAGGUGUUGCUGAAUUGAUACUGUGAAUAGAGUGCUACCUGGUCUUCUAGGACCACAUCAGCACAAUCGUGUUGGCUGGUUCUCACCUCCUCAUUGGCCUAGCCCGGAGCCAUGGAAUUCAUGAACAUUCAAGCCAGGCUAGCUUUUAAACGAAGUAAAGUUUCUGAAAGCAAUUUCCGUGUUAGCUAGAAAAGGUAUUAGCAUUCUGCAUAAUUAUCCAAGAUUCUUAUCCAGGUUCACUGUGACAUUGUCCUAGUUCUUAGUUAACAUCACUGUAGGGUCAUAGUAGUAGUAGUGUUCUAUCUGCAUUAAUGAAUAGCUGCAUCGGUGUGUGCACAGAGGAUACCUCUCUUAAGGAUGUACUAGAUGGACUGUAGCUAAUGCUGAAAACUCAUUACCAAAUCUUAACUUGCACGUGUCACCUUGUGAAGGGAACUGCAUUAGCAUUGAGAGCUAAAUCAUCAGUAAGUACUUUAAUGCCAUGAAAAGAGCAAACACUGGGACUGUUUCCAUUCAUUGAGUGGCACUUGAUAGCAAAGGAGCUACCCAAUAUUCUCAGCAGAAGAAGAGAGACAGCAGUAUCUUAAUCUGCCUUCGUUCUAAGAGGUGAGGUACCUUUUAUUCUCUCUGAACUCGGAUACCAGGAUAAAUAUAGCAUUGGCAUGAACAGGAACACUGUACUUAGGCAGAAAGGCUCUUUCUAAUGACUUGUUCUCUCUUUACUCAGAACCAUAUUUACCUCUGAACUGAGUUGAGUUUUAUUUUAUGUAAUUUGCCAACUACCCCCAAGCCAUCAUUGUACCAGACGGUUGAAUCGAAUCUUGAAUAAGUAAAAAUAAAUUCAUUCCUAAAUGAUAAGGUUGGAAGUGAAGGGAGAUAGCAGUUAAGGAAAGUUUUCUGGUUAUUCUAUUUUUUGGUAUUUUUAGAUGUUUCCAGUUCCCUCUACAUCAGUAAAACAGGGCUUCCAAAGAUGUUACGACAGUAGAAAUAAACUAUUAUCUUCCCAGCUCCAUAGCUGAAAUCUGGCCUUGGUUGGAAGUGGUCUGGUGGAAGAGUACACCUCAUCCUUAAUAGCAGAAUAGUCUUUGGUCAAGAAAUAACUUUUAAAAAAAUUUAGUUGUUACUUGACACUAAUUUUGUUUCUUUUAACUGGUAAAAAUUCUAUUUUGUUUGACUAGAAGAUCUAAUUAAAAAAAAUAAAAACAAAAGUUAAUGGAAAGGAAAUUAAACUGAACAGAGGCAGCAGUCUUCUUAAUGAUAGUGGAAGGCAUUUAAUCAGAAAGGAGUUGGAAUCCCAGAAGUUUUUCUUUUUUCAGAUACAACAGACACGUUUGUUUAUUUGUUUGUUUGUUUGUUUUUUCUCUCUUUCUCAAAUGCCAUUCUCUUUAUCUACUUACUGGUUUAAGGCAUAAUCGAGAAGUUCUUAUUGAACUCAUUUUUGGAAAUGGGGCUCUUAUGCCAUUUGGGAAAGAGUGCAAAAUAUUGAAGUAUUGUAGUUGUUGAGAUUUAGAAAAGGGACAUCAAGCUAUUAAGUCAGGUAAAUCCCUGAGUUCGAGAGGAUACCCCUUAGCAUAUUCCUAGCAUUUGUGAAUUAGAUCAGUAAACCGCAGCCUCCAGGGCCAAAUCCUGAGGCCAUCUGAUUGUAUAAAGUGAUACGGAAUACCUGUUCUUCACGUAUUGUUUAUGGCCACUUGCUACUGUAAUGACAAAGUUGGGUGCUUGUGGCAGAGACCACAUGGCCAGCAAAACCUGAAAAUGUACUAUUUGUCACUUGACAGAAAAGUUUGCUAACUCCAGAAUUUUGUCACUCCUGCCAUUUUGUCUUUGUAAUAGUUUGGUUGAGGUUUUAAAUUCUUGUUGCCAUAUAUGCAUCAGUUCCUUGAAAGAGCUUACCAUCUUUUCCUAGAUCUUUUUCUCAGAACCCUGUUUGUGUCCUUCUUAAUGAUUCCCAUUGCUUUAAAAGCAUUUAGAAUAGCCUUAUGAUCUGUCCUUGCCUUAAAGGUGCAGGUAGAUCAAAGUUUAGGAUGGUAGUUACAGAUGUAACAAAGUAAUUUAAAAAUAUAAUCCCCGUGCAUAAUAAUGUAGGGUUAAAUGAGUACCAUGUUUACAUAAAAUACUGUAAAAAAAUUAAUGUUUUUAUAAGUAAGUUUUGCCAUUCCUCUGAGUUAACUUGAACUGGUUUGCAUAAUGAUGACAAGAAUGAAUUUAUUUCCACUAAUAUUAAAAAUUAACUUCUGUUAUGAAUAAGUGGUUUGAUUCUUACCCAAAAUACUGUCCUUCCAGAUUAGAAACCCCUACCCUUUUCCCUGUACUACAAAUCUUCAUUUUGAUUUCCUCAAAUAAACUCACUCUGUUCCAUGUGGAGUAGUAAAAAGCCCAACGUUCUUCCCUUCCUUUUCUUUUUCCCCCAAUGAAUGUUUUAAAACAAUGAAAUCUCUGAAGAUUUCAAAUUCCUCUUAGCACUGUCUUCCGACGUCUGUUACUGUCUAUGAUGUUUCUAAAUAUAUACUGGGCUAUUAUUUAUUUGCUUUCCGAAUGUUCAUUCUUACUGUUCACAAAAAGCUUAUUUAUGCCAGAUGUGCAAAAAUGGAAAAUGUUAGGAUGAUUAUAAACAGAAUUCCUUGCAGGAGGAGAAUAUAAUUGUUCCCCAUAUGGACACCAUGCAUAGACUUCUGAGUUAAAUUUAUCUGAACAAAAUGUUCUAGGCCGGGCUGACACAAUGCAGUGAGUUUCACCUGUACUUUGUCGGCAACCCCACCCAUACAUACAGAGUUUGGGUGAGUGACCUAAGCUCCCGUAGGGCACCUCCUUCCUAGUCCUUCUUCAAGUUGUUUUUCCCCGUUUGAUAUUCAUAAGUUUUAUAUGAAAUGUUCUAUGAGUAGUAGAUAAUCCUUACCUGUAAGGUUCUAGGAUGUUUGCCUAGCUGAGAUCUGCCCUCGUCUUAGAGAUUUUGGAGUGUUGCUUUUCUGAUUAAUUUGCGAUUCUGAUCCUUCUGGCAUACAGAACAUUGGCCAUAGACAGCCCGAUGCGUCCUCUGCGUGCAGCUUUCUGUGAGGCCUGGGGAGUAGCUGCCAUUUCUGUAUGAAUGCGUUGCAGAACAAUUGAGUUUGCCCAGCACUAGCGAGAUCUUUGAUAAUUAUCAGUCUUCUGUUUUACCUAGAGUCUGUUUCUGUUUUCAAUCCUCUCAUUUUUAAGUAGUGCUUUUCCCAGAGCCAGUCUUUUUAUUUUGCAGUAAGGAGGUUUUCUUGCUCAGGACAAGCCAAAGUUGGAUAGAUACUAUGAGUACUUUAAGACACCUGACUCAGUUACAUUCCAAAGGGUAUAAUUAUUGAUAACAACUGUGAUAUCAAAACCUGGAAAACAUUUGUACAGACUAUCCAGUUUUGUUGUAUAGGCAGCCUACCUUUUCCCUCAACUGCAAGGAACAGCAAUGACUUAGAAGGCAAUUAUUACUUGAAAUGUAUAUCGCCUUUACAGAGAAUACAUACAUGAAUAAGUUUCUUAUCUCACA